ACACGGUGACCGGCUGCGGUCAGCCGGACUGCCUCCGCUGCGGCGACGACAACCAGUGCACGAGCUGCGCGCGUGCCAUUGUCCUCGGCACGCGCCAGUGCGUCACAGGCUGCCCGGGCAACUACCGUCUGGUACACAGCGAUGUGGACGGCUACCACGGCCUCCUCUGCAGAGCGCCUCGGUUUCUGGACACGGCGGACAUGACCGGCGGCGAGCUGGCCGUGCUGGUGGCAGCGCUGGUCGGUGCUGCCAUCUGCAUCGGCCUCGUCGUCGGCGCCUUCCUCUUCCUGCGCGUGCGUCGCAAGAUGGACCCGCUCAACGAUCGGCUGGAGGCGCGAGGCGUCGACGCUGGCACGGUCAACGACCUGGAGCGGAUUCAGUUUUUGACGCGACUUCAAGCCCUGCGUCCCGAAACUCAGAACUUUCUGGAAAUGCUGAAUGACACCCGGAAGAAGUUCGACAGCAAGAGCGGAAAACGACGGGACUCCACUGUAGACACAAAGAACAGAGCAUACCGCUCGAUCCUGCGUGACCUGUCGCGGAUCCUGACGCUGCUGAACAGGAAGGAGGAGCAGAUCUGCACGGUGCCGGCCGACUGGCAGCGACUGCUGGGUUGGGCGGAGCGGCUGCUCAAGCGCUACAAACGACAGAAGAUCUCCAAGGAAUUUGGCUCGGCUCCGCACAUCGAGUACCUGGCCGUGCCGACUGCGCAUGCGCCGUCGAGUCGUCCCCGUUCGGCAGCCGGCCGCCUGUCCCGCCCAGAGAGCAGCCUCGUCACCGGCUCCCACUUCAGCAUCAGCCAGGCCAUCAUCGAGGAGGAGGACCACCUGGACGGCGCGCAGAGCCUGCCACCUAUCGGGGCCGGCGAGAAGCGCAACCGCCCGGCGCCGCCGCGCGGCGGCACUAAGUACCGCAAGCGAGAGGCCGCAGGCCGCGCGCACAACUGCAGCGUGCCCACCGGCCUCCACCUGCUGCCUGAGGAGUGCGCCGGCAAGCCCGUGUUCGUGCACCAGCUGAACGGCGGCCACGGCGACCUGUUCGUGGACGAGGGGUGGUCGCGGCCGGCGGACUGGCCGCUGGAGAAGCUGAAGCACGUGCGGAGCGCGCGCGUCGAGCGCGAGCGCACGUCCGACUUCACCGACACGACGACGGACGGCCAGAGCGGCCACUCGGGCGGCAGCAGCGCCGGCCUACCGCCGCCGCCGCCGCCAGUCUACGGCGGACCGCGCAGCAAACUGCAGCUGGACAGCAGCUUCAACGAACACAGCGACUACAUCGACAAGGACAUCGACAGUUUCAGCGGCCGCUACUUCCACGAGGAGGAGCUGAGCACGGUGCUGUAG